GAAGCCUUGAGAUGUAUGCGGGAACUGUUUGUGUGUUUGUGUGAAGAUAGGAGAGAUAAACAACACUUGUUUCUCUGCUUUUCACCUCAUACCUUCAUUGAAGCAGUCGUCAUGAGGCUGCUCUCCAGUAGUGAAAGAGGAGCUUCAUCCAGCUGCUUAACUCUGGCUUUUCUCAUGCUGCUGCUUUGCUGUCACAUAACCAGCACUCUCAGCCAAAAGUCUGAAUCUGCUCUAACUGUGGUGGAGAACAUGGAAGGAGGAGAAGGAGCAAGUAGCGAUGAUGAUGGUGAUGAGGUGACGAUUGAUGAAGAUGAAGAGGAAGGAGAUUUAGAAGUGGUGCAACCUACUGAGGAGUGGCAAACACUUAAACCAGGCCAGGCAGUGCCAGCAGGUUCUCAUGUGAGGCUGAAUCUGCAGACAGGUCAGAGGGAGGUGAGACUGGGAGAGGAACAGCUUAAAUACUGGACACAGGAGCACAGGGAGGAGAAGGAGAUCACGUCUUCCUUCAGUCCUGAUGAGCUGAAAAAAGCCAUGAAGAAGAUCAAGGAGGACCUGAAACCUGCAAGCAGAGACACAGAGCAGCAGGACUCUGUGUCAUCUCAGUUUCGUCCUCUGGAGGAGUUAAAGAGAGACAUGGCUCAGCUGGACCUGCUGGUAGAGACGGAUGUUCAGAUUAUGAGGCGUCUGCUGGAUCAGUUCAACAGCAGCAACUCAACAGUGCAGCAGAGGCUGAGCAUCCUGCUGGAGCUGGAGUAUCUGGUGCAUCAGGUGGAUAACGCUCAGACCCUGUGCUCGAUGGGGGGUCUAAAAUUAAUUCUUGAAGGUCUGAACAGCACUGACUUCAGAUUACAGGAGAGCUCUGCCCUCGUCCUGGGCUCUGCUCUGUCCAGUAACCCGGUGGUCCAGGUGAAGGCAGUGGAGAGCGGCGCCCUUCAGACUCUGUUAACCGUCCUGGCCACAUCACAAGCACACAGCGUCAAAAAGAAGGUUCUGUUCGCAGUGGCAUCCCUCUUGCGUCACUUCCCCUUUGCGCAGCAUCACUUCCUGUCACACGGCGGGCUGCAGGUGCUGUCUGAACUGUUCAGAGCAGACGGGAGAGGAGCGCUGCGUACACGCAUCGUCACCAUGUUAUACGACAUGAUCAGCGAGAAGGAGCUGAUCUCUCAGGCGGGUCUGGACCCGGCCCUGGACGCCUCCCACGAGGAGCGAGUACGUCAGUAUUCCAAAGUGUCCCUGCAGGGGGAGCUGCUGGAGGAGGGCUGGUGCAGUCUGGUGCCACAGCUGCUGGAGUCCUCUGAUCAUGACUGCAGAGAGAAGGCUUUGCGAGCUCUGUUGGCGAUGGCUCCUGUGUGUUUGGAGCAGUACCGCUCAGACCGCUCCCUGCUGGGCUCUCUGGUCUCUCUGAGAGACCAGUACCAGGACAUGGUCCAAUCAGAGAUGAUUCUAGGAGAGGAGAACGGCUACUUCGCAGAGAUUGUUGAUCUGAUAGAUGCACUGAAGGUGAAAAUGACUGUCUGAUCUAUCAGAGUGACAUUUACUCUGGCCAAUCAGUGCAGAGAGGAGGCUACAGACUGGUAUCUACACUGUGGUGAGGAGUCAGCCAACCACAGAACUCACUCCUCUGUGUCCCACUGCUCCUGUUCCAGUCAACUAAAGGACUGAAUGUUGGGCUGACCCUGCUGCUCACUAUAAACUCUACCAACUUUUCACUGGUGGCCUUUGGGAGAAUUUAAAGGACUAUUUUUAUUUUGUGUUGAUAAUUUAAAAAAAUAAAUUAUUUA